CGGCUCGUCUUUGGUGGAAAUUCGACUGUAUCUAAACGUUCUCGAGCCACUGUCCGGUUGAAAAUUGUAUGCUACAACCAAAUACGAAUAAUAAAGCAGUUUUUCUGAAACCACGUGCGCCAUUCAAACUGGCUGCCUUCAACGUUCGCACACUUAUGCAAGUUGGCCAAUAGAUAGGGCUGGCUAUGUCUUUGGAAAGCCUUCAUAUCGAUUUCUGCCGUCUAUCCGAGACCCGUAUUCAAAACUCUGGUGAAGUACUACAAAUUCGCUCUACAUCUGUCACUUCAAAAAGCUUGUCUUACAUGAGCUUAUCCGGGGACCCUGUGGCAUCCUUGUCUGGUUUUGCUGGCGUUGGUGUCGCACUAAGCGCUAGAGCCGAGGCAGCACUAAUCGAUUGGAUCCCCAUUAACAGUCGAUUAUGUGCUGUUAGAUUAGAAAGUUCCAUCAAAGUGCGAAGAAAUCGGCGUGAGAAACGAUGUCUUUUCGUCAUCUCCGCCUAUGCCCCGACAGAUUGCAGCCCGGAUGCAAUCAAGGAUGAGUUUUACCACCAGUUAUCUGUUCUUCUCCAGAAAGUGCGUUUGACAGAUAUUGUAGUACUAACCGGAGACUUGAAUGCCCAGGUUGGGCGUCUAGGCACAGAAGAGAGUCGUUUAGGUGGCCGAUGGGGACUCGUUGGUCACAGGUCAGAUAACGGGGACCGUCUACUGCAACUUUGCACAGACCACAACCUGUUUCUGGCUAGCACUAACUCUCGGCACAGUCAUCGCCGAUGUGCCACCUGGCGUCCUCCCUGAACUCAGAUUGAUCACAUCGCGAUCAACUACCGCUGGCGUGGUUGUGUACAAGACUACCACUCCUUUUGGAGUACCUAUCUGGACUCUGACCAUGCCUUGGUCUGCGCCAAUCUUGCCUUACUUUUCAGUAGACAACGAAGUAACCGCCAUCAAAGGAUUGAUAUUAGCAAGCUGGUUGCAACUUCUGUUGCAAGUAAGUAUCGAACCGAGCUAGCCUCUGGGCUAGCUGCCACUCCACCGAAAAGUAUAGAUGAGCAUUGGUUGCAAUUGCAUGACGCCAUGAAAAUGGCGGGAACAGUCAGUUGUGGGUUCGCGAAACGUCCCGCUUAUAAGCACUGGGUUUCUUCAGGUUCCUUACAACUCAUUGUCGGUCUACUCCGAGUGACCGUGAGUUUGACCAUAAACGAAGG